AUGCUCCGCGGUACCCCAGUUCGUCGCGCAUCCUUGCGAUACCGACGCCCAUACUGGAUGAUGUUUCUCAAGGGUGUUGAUAACUGGAAGAUUUACACAGUUAUUCAACAGCCUGAUCAUCAGCGUACGGAAAUGUUAUAUCAGGCUUGGCUUGGUGGGCUGGAUCGGCCGUACACUCGGCCCAAGUGCAUGGCAAACCAACCGUUGUGGUUGAGUAAGAAACGCCACAUGCUCCGCAAGGAGCGUCUGGAUGGACCUGAAACACCGCUGGAGAAGUACGUAUUAGAAUGGCACAAGAAAUUUCACUCUUUUCAGGGGACCGAGCGGCCAACACCGGAUGAUUUGCACACGGCGCUUGAUUUAGUAGAGCGACCUCUUGAUUUAAGUUACGCACUGCAAUUGCUAGGCCAGUGCCGUAACUUGAACAACAUUCGGUUCGCGAAGGAGACAUUCCUUGUCUUCCUGGAGGCGUGUUUGCGUGUAGGUAGAAGGGACUGUGCGGAGUACGCUCUGGAGCACGCCGAACCACUUGGUUUUUGGUUCAUUGACGAAGAUCACCGCCGUUAUUUACAGGGAGAGCAAACUUGGUAUAAGCUAUCUCCUCUUGACAACCUCUAUUAUCCAGUUGAGGAGAACGCCAAAUUGAACGAGGGGCGCAAACCAAUAACCCGACUGAGUCCCGCCACUGAAAGUCCGGGGUCCGGAACCGCCAUUUCUGAUGGGGAGCCUUCAACGGACGUGGAGGGUGAAACCACAGUGGACGACGAGAUUGCCCAAUUGGAGGCGGAGCUGGCGGCACUUGAGAGGGAAGGAGGUGGGAAGUGA